AUGGCACACGAACAGAUGGCUACCGUCCCCGAGCACGGCAGCGUGCUCGACAUCGGCGGCGGCAAGAUGGAGUCUCACAUCCUCGACGACCUACGCCGCAUCCUCUUCGCGGCGGCCCAGAACCCCCCGAACGGCCACGCGGCAACGCCCACCAUGCCUGACGAGCUGCUGUACGACGACAAGGGCCUGGCCAUCUGGGCCGACAUCAUCUUCACGCCCCAGUUCUACCAGACGCGCGACGAGAUCGUCCUGUUCCAGAGGCACAGCGGGGAGCUGGCGAGGGAUUACAUCCCCGACGACGCCACCAUGAUCGACCUGGGCGCCGGUGAUAUGCGCAAGGUCAACUACCUCCUGGAAGAGCUUGCCCACCAGGGCCGCAGGGCGACGUAUCUCGCCCUCGACAUCUCGAGGCGCUCCCUCACUACCAACCUGGAGGCUCUCGCGCCGCGCCACGCCGGCGGCAGCGUCCGCAUGGCGGGCCUCUGGGGCGACUUCACGGCGGGCCUGGCCUUCGCCGAGACCGUCGUGGCGACCCCGCGCGUCUUCCUCUCCCUCGGCUCCGUCCUUUUCAACGACCCGUGGAAGAAGGCAGUUGCCGCCCUCCGCGACUGGGCCGCCCUCAUGCGUCCGGCCGACCUCAUCCUCGCCGGCAUGGAUGGCCACGAUGUCUCCUCGGCCAAGGUCUGGGACGCCUACCACGCCCACCCGGACCUGUUUACGCGCUUCUUCCACAACGGCCUCGCCCACGCCAACGCCCUACUCGGCGACGACAUCUUCUGCCCCGAAGACUGGGACAUCUGCGCUGAGGUCGACGCCGCCGAGAAGCGCCACCGCUUCUACCUCCGGGCCCGGCGCGACGUCGACGUCACGGCGGGGAUGACGACAACGACGACAAAGACGACGGCCACGCUGCGGCGCGGUCUCGAGGUGGACUGGUUCGACGCCCACAAGCGGUCCGAGGCGGACGUUCGCGGUAUGUGCCGUGAGGCCGGCCUCGAGGUCGUCAAGUCGUGGGCCGCCGAGGGCUCCGAGAUGCGCCAGUACCUCAUCCGCGUCAACCCCGAUGGCAGCGCCGCCGCCGAGAACUCCUCCGACGAGAAGGAUAGUGCCAUCUCAGUUAGCGGGGAGUAA